AUGGCUUCCCCUUCUCUGACGGACCUGGAGCAGCGGAAUCGCCUACCCACCCUGUUCGAGGUCCUGAGCCGCCGGACGCUCGCUCCGGUCGAUCUCUUUUCGUUCUAUAUUUACAUGCGGGACCAGAAGCGCUCGGUCGACUACUUGGAUUUCUGGCUGGAUGUUUCGCAGCAUAUGUCAUUAUGUCGUCACUAUGUCCGUGAAUUGCGUCGAUCCGUGUUAGUCGCUACGCCCGAUCUCGAAAAGGCAGAUAGCAAAGGCUCGUCGGCUGCUUUGGAAACAUUGGAGAGCUUUGGUGAUAUUCCGCUCGUGGAAGCCGGGCCGUCUGGCAUGCGCCGUGGUCAUCAGGAUUCGGACGAUAGAGAUACGAGUCAAAGGUUGUCGGCAUUCCUUCGCUCAGACGGUCACACUUCCGGUCACUCCCCCCAAAGCAGUCUUGGAUCGCAGAAUGCUGCUCGUACGCCGUCGAACGAAGGUCAGCCCCGCGCCAGCUCCGCCACUCGCAACGACUCGAUUUCGCCCGGACACACGGUAGCUCGUGCCGACAUUCGCGCAAGUGCAGAGAAGGUUCUGUACACGUACUUGCUCCCCGGAGCGGAGAGAGAGAUUGUUCUACCCGAAGAUAUGGUAUCCACGAUCAUCAAUCUAGUCGAAGACGACGGUCGAGACGAUCCGGAGGUUUUUGAUCCUGCCAAGGACUAUGUAUUCCAGGCAAUGGAACGCGACGCAUUUCCAGGGUUUUUGCAGGCAAAGGCCCUUGGUAACCUGGUACCGCUCACCAUCAUUGCUCGUUUGGCCUUCGCUCUCAUUAGCUUCGGCGGAGGCUUCUGGGGCGCUUUCUACGUCGUACUUCGUAAUAAGCCACGACACACCCGUUGUUGGCUGAUUCUUCCAUUCGCCGUUGCCGCCUAUUUCAUUGUAUCCUACCAGUACAAGCUCGACCCGGUAAUGGCAAUGCUCGGAUACAGCGAAUACACGUUCAUGAAUUGGUCUCCGAUUCGCGAGCCCUACGUGCGGAAACUGUUGAACAAACGAGCGACCGCAACGAUAUUCAUAGCGUUUUUUGUCGCGGCCGCAUUGAGUGUUCUAUUCAUUUUCGUUCCGGGUACUAUGCUUUAA